GAGCGCCGCGUGACGUCAGAUGGCACAGGUCGAGCGCCGGAAGCCAUUUUGGCUGCCACCUACCUGACGCGAUGUCUGCCUUCGGUCACCGCGAGGCCUGGGUGGGGGCCGGAGACUUUGGCCUCAAGGCUGCCGAAGGACCGGAAUACCAAUCUCCGUGCAAAGCUAAACUCGUAUUCCUGGGAGACCCGAGCUUAGGGAAGACAUCCAUCAUCACCCGCUUCAUGUACGACAGCUUCGGCUGUACCUUCCAGGCAACUGUUGGAAUUGACUUCUUGUCUAAGAACAUGUACUUGGAGGACCGAAUAGUUCAGCUGCAGCUAUGGGACACAGCUGGCCAGGAGCGCUUUCACAGCCUGAUUCCUAGCUACAUUCGUGGUUCAACUAUUGCAGUGGUUGUCUAUGACGUCACAAACAUCAAUUCUUUUAAGGAGACAGAUAAGUGGGUAGAACGUGUUCGAGCAGAAAGAGGUGACGAUGUUGUCAUCAUGUUGGUGGGUAACAAGAUUGAUUUGAAUAACGAAAGGCAAGUCACUGCAGAAGAGGGUGAAGAAAAAUCCAGAAACCUCAAUGUGAUGUUUAUUGAGACCAGUGCCAAAACCAGUUACAACGUGGACAAGCUGUUCCGGUGUGUGGCUUCGGCCCUUCCUUCCACAAGUACUUCACCUCCACCAAAAGAGGGGAGUAUCCUUCUUCCCACUUUUGCUGGGGUAGGGAGUAUACAAGUAGGGAAGGCUUCAGCAGUUGAAAUCCAACUGGAGCCCUUCGAGGAGUCAGGCAACAGAAACUACUGUUCGAAGUGACAGCUUAGGCUUUCUCUGCCUCAUUUCAUGGGUUUCCUGCAUCUGGCCUUGCCACACCAGUUCUCCCCCAGCUCGUUUUCUGAUAACGUGGCCGCUUCCUGGCUUCCAAUUCCUAGCCUUGGGGUAAAAACGGAACCUCUGACAGUGCUAUCGUAUUUUUCUGACUGCGUCUCCCAGCUACUGGGUAGAAGCUUCUUGCGGCGCCUGGCAGUUCUACCUUACCUUCUCAGAUGGGUAAAAGGCACCUGUAGAGAAUAUAGUUCUACAGCAGCUGACAUACUUCGAAGGCAGAAAGAAUUCAAUCUCCACUGUUUGUUGUUGUUUUUCACCUACACCCUCAAUAAAUGACUGAUCCUUUAACCUAA